AAUAUGUCAGCCGAGGCCGCUCAAGAAGGAGGAGAAAACACUACAGACUUAUUUUCAGAAUUUUUCAUUAGAAAGAAAGAACAAUUCACCAACUUAUUCAAAACAUGCAUGGAUUCUUACAACAACCUAUCUGGAUACAGUGAAGAAGUUGAUAGUUAUAUUAGUGAAGUCAUUGAAGAGACUAUUGAGAAGAAAUAUACUAAGUACAUUAGGAUUGUUUGUUGGCUAAAUAUCGUUCUUUGCACUCUGACAGUCAUCCUUAGUUACCCAGACUUAUCUGAUGUGAAUAGAGAGACCAAGUGGCAGACAUGCCUCAACUGCAUUAUUUUCUGUUUUAUGAUGGUAGCUGCUCUGAUCACAUUAAGAAUUAAACCAAUUUAUGUCUGCUAUUUCGUUCCAAUCAUGAUUGGUUUAUGUAUUUAUUUAGUUACACAAUUAACAAUACAGAAGAGUUAUUACAGACUCAGUGAAUACCAUAUAUGAAUUGGAGCUAUGUGACAUACCUUGAUGAUCCUUGUGCCUACUCAGUGGAAGCCUAGUUUAGUGAUCCAUAAUCUUUGAAUGGUUCAUCUUGCAUAUUCCAUUUGGAAAACAUAUAACUUCAUGGAUGCUGAUGUAAUCUCAAGCACGGUAUUCUCUUGUCUCUGGUACACUAUCUCAAGUUAUUUAUUGAUAAUUAAGACAAGAAAUAUGUACUCAGAAAUCUUGAAGAACAAGAGACUUAUUAAAGAGAUGAAAAAAAUUAUGCAGAUACUACCCUUUGGUGUGGUUAUUUGGCCUUCUAAAGCUAACAACAAGUGGUUCACAAAUAAAGAAUUUACAAAUAAAUUUGUUAAGAUUAGGAAAGAUCUUGAUGAACUCAAAGACAUAGAUAUUUCCUUUAUCAACAAUUCUGAUAAAGUCAAGGAUUACCAAAAUAUUCCAAAUAAUUUAGCAGCCUUGCUUAGGAAGCAACAGAAAACACUUGAUGGGAAAGACUCAAUGCUAGAGCAAGAUAUCAAGAUAAAUUGGCAUCCUCAAGGAAAUAUGCUUGUUCAAGAAAGAAAUGAAGACCAGAUCGAAAGGAUUUGCAAAUUGAAGACUCUGAUGGUUGAAUGGGAAGGUGAAAACUCCUUCAUGCAUGUACUUAUUGAUAAUACUGAUGUGAUAAAAUUAGAGGAGGCUAAGAACAAUAUAAAAUGCCAGAAGAUCAUGUUUGCUAGUGCUUCUCAUGAGUUCAGGACUCCUCUGAAUUCUAUUACUAACUCAUUUGAUAUUGUUCUCAACUCUAUUUAGUGAACUGAAUAAAAUUUCAAAGCCUUAUUUCAGACAACUCAAAGGGAGGAGGAAAGAAGACGUUGAGCUAAACAUAGAGAUGGUAAAUAAGUUUGUCAAAAUAGGGAAGAGUUCAUCCCUACUAUUACUCACACUCAUUGAGGAUGUUUUGAAUCUCUCUAAAAUGGAGGCUGGGACAUUUAAAUUAAUAAAAAGUCCAUUCUAUGUCAAAAAUAUCCUAAAAGAAAUAUAUGAUAUCUUCGAAAUGCAGUGCAUACAAAAAGGCUUAGAAUUUAAUUUAGAAAUAUCUGAUGAUAUUUCAAGAUUACAGAUAAAUUCAGAUGAAAAUAGAAUCAAGCAAAUAUUGCUGAACUUGAUAUCUAAUUCCAUGAAGUUCACCUUUGAUGGGCAUAUUACAAUAAAAUGUCGAAUCAUUGAGAGGGAAAAUAAAGGCCUUGUUGAAUUCACAGUAGAAGACACUGGAAUAGGAAUCACUAAAGAGCAGCGGCAACAAUUAUUUCAACUCUUCAGCAUGGUGUCUGAUUCUAGCUCCAUCAAUCCUAAUGGCACUGGGAUUGGUCUCACUGUAAGUAAGAAGUAUGUAGAGGCUAUUGGAGGUCAAAUUAACUUGGAAUCAGAGCCCAAGAAAGGAACUUCGGUGACUUUCACCAUUCCUAUUGAUAAAAGAUUCAGGAAUAUGCUGAAGAAAAUUCGAGAUGAGGAAUAUUCCCAAGCAAAAUGGGACUUAGAUGAGCUUUCAGAUGAAGGAAAUAUCCCAGUUGAUUUUAUUAGAAGAAUAGAAGACUUGCAUUAACCUAACAUCAAAACCCAAUUUACUAAAAUAAGAACAAAUAUUUAUCAUAUUUCCCUUAAACCCUAAAUAAUAUAAAAAUCAUCCAAU